AGUUAUUAAUAAUAAAAUGGCGUCUCCAAGGAAAUAUCCUAGAACUCCUCAUCUACCUUUUAGCCCAGGUGUUCAAGAAGAUGAUGUUAUUUUGCCAGUAGGAAUUUUACCUCCAUUUCUAAAAGGACAAGUUAUAGUUACCGAGAAACUUGAUGGUGGGAAUUGCUCCAUUUAUCAAGGAAAGGUAUAUUCUCGUACAGUCAAUACAGAAGCUACUCAUCCUUCAUUUGGUCCAAUCAAACAGUUGGCUAGUGGGAUCUCUUCCCUAAUCCCUGAUAAUAUCCAACUGUUCGGAGAGAACAUGUUUGGCAUCCAUUCAAUAGAAUACAACUCACUGGAAUCAUUCUUUUAUUUAUUUGGUGUUUUAGAAGAUGGUGAGAGAUGGCACAGUUGGCAAUCAGUGCUAGACUAUUCCUCAUUACUGGGUCUCCCUACUGUACCAGUACUGACAAUAGCAGAGUUUCAAUCUCUUAAUGAGCUCCAGCUUCUAAUUGAGAAGAACAUGAAAUCUCGUUCACAAUGUGGUUCUAGCUCUCCUGAAGGUUUUGUAGUUCGUAGCGUGAGCAGUUUCUCAUACUCUGAGUUUGAAACCCACGUCUGUAAGUACGUGAGACCCAAUCACAUUCAGACGACCGAUGACUGGAGGUUGAAAUGGAAACAAGCAUCUCUUAAAAAAUGAAUGUUUGCAGAUAUACAUGUAGUGUGGGACUGGACCUUCACUGAGUCACUCUCUCUUUCUCUCUCCAUUUUGUCCUUAUUUGGGAAUAAUAAGGUCUAAAGUACAGCUGCAGUGACCCUCCUUUACAAUGUGUGUGUGUGUGUGUGUGUGUUGCUUGAUAUUCAAUUGUGUGAGAAAGGUGACAUUCUUUCUGUAGCAAUUAGAUGUUGCUUUAAUAACAAUAAAA